AUGAAACUCCGAUCUCAAGCCGCAAAGAAAAUCUGGCCUGUUCCAAACUUUAGUCCCGGGGUGGCUCAACUGAGGGAGAAGGUUCUAACCGAGAUCAAAUUGGUAUUUGAAAUACCCGAUUUAACUUUCGGGCAACUUAUACGGCGAGUAAAUGGCAAGAUUGCUGCAUUAGUCCGGUUUCUAGCUCAGUCAACAGUCUCCGCAAGGGUUGCGCUGGAUUAUAUUCUCAAAGAAUCCAAGGCACUUGACCAAAGAAUUAGAACACUACUUGCUGAACUGGGGCUUCGGCACCGGAACAGCAACAGGGCAAGAUUGUAUUUGCACAACAGUCUAGAAGGUAUCGGUUUCGUCAGCGUAGAGGAGACGCUAGUCACCGCUAUCGUUGCUCGAGGCAGAUACUUCGCACAGAACAUUAAGCUGGAAGACCUCCGCUCCGAGUUGAGCGCAACAGAACUGGAUCCGCGAGCGAUUGCUCGGAAAGUUUGUGAAAAGUACUUACUUUCAGUCCCUGAAGAGUUAAACUCCAGGGCAGCGGGUCAGGUGGUAAAAGAAAUUUGGCAAAACCGAUGGUUAGCUGAAUGGAAGAGGUCUGUGCAUAAGACAAAACUAGACGAAGCAGAGGUGGGUGCAGCGCUUAGCAACUUGUGGAUACGACAGGGUAAUCUAUCUGUCCGAAACGCGAGACUAGGUGUUAGUAUCCAGGAUAACAGUGUGUUUACAAAAGCGUAUGUUGGUCACGGAACUGAACGGAACAAUGAGUGUAGACAGUGUAAUAGUGCGGCAGAAACCACAGCUCACAUUGUGAGCGAAUGUCCCAAGUAUAGAGCAACGAAAAUGACUGCUCGCCACGAUGACGUGGCUAGGAACGUUUAUGCCGUCCUGGCUAAACGAUAUCAGUUUGAAAUUCCGAACUAUUCAAGCGCAGUACCGUCCUGUGUUAAGUCUAAAACCGCUGAGUUAUACUGGAACUUUACCUUUCCUAGCACUAGACCGUUAAAGGCCUGCAAGCCCGACUUGGUGUGUAUAGACCAUAGCCGUCGAGAAAUUCUAAUAAUUGAGGUAGCUGUAUCGUGGUUCACCCGUCUGAAAGAUAUGAAUGAUCGGAAAUAUCGGAAGUAUAUGGUAAAUGGAAAUGAGACUGAAUCAGAUAGGGGGAAUACGAUUACUGACGCAUAA